CCCCCCACUACUACCCCGGCUGCAGCAGCAGCUGCUGGAGAGAGAGCCAGAGCCAGAGGAGCGGCCCAGCACGACCUGUGCCAGAUAGGUUUCGGUCAUGGUGACGGGCGCUAGCCUUUUCCGCCGCGUCGCGCAACCAUGAGCCGAUGCGUGCGCUCGUUCGUUCUCUUCUUCUUCGUCUUCUUUGCUGGCCAGUUGGCGGCCGUCGUCUUUUGCGGUUCGCCCGAUGGGUCACCAGCCCAGCAGGGCAAUGAGACCAGUGACUACUACGCGCCUUGUCCGUUGUCUACCGAUGUAGACGGUGCCGUGUCGGACGAUGGAUUAUUGGCCCAGCAGCAGGACAGACGAAUGGCCUCUGGUGGCGGCGGAUCUGCCGCAUCGUCGCCGAGUUCAAGGGCCUCGUCGCCCUCACCUGCCCGGCUAAUGAACAUUCCAACCUUGAAGGAGGUGAGUGACCCCAACGCCAAUAGUAGACGACCUCGCAGGAAUGUUACCUUGUUGCCCAUCCUGGCCCUGCUCGACUUAUCCUCCAUGGAGAACAACCGAGGUCAAAUGGACAGCAGCGGCUUUGACGGGACCUCAUUGUUGAAAACGGCCCGAUUGGCCGUAGCUCACGUCAACGCCCGUCAACUCAUACCUGGCUUUCACCUCCAGUUGCUAGUCAAUGACUCCAAGUGCGAUUCGGGAGCGGGAGUCGACGCAUUCUUUCACGCUAUUUACACGACUAAGGACCCUCCAGUGUCUUUAGUCUCGACGUCGUCGUCGUCAACAUCCUCGUUAUUAAGCGGAAUCAGCGGGAAUAAGACAAGGACCAAGUCGUCGGCGUCGACGACGACUGCUGGCCGACCGUUCGUCAUGCUUCUCGGCCCGCAUUGCUCACACGUGACAGAGUCCGUCGCCAGCGUCACAUCCUACUGGAACAUCGUUCAGAUUUCACAUGCGGCAACGUCGGCCGGAUUGAGCGAUCGCCAGAAAUUCCCGUUCUUCUUCCGCACGGUGGCCGUCGAAUCCGCCCACAACGCCGCUCGACUGGCUUUCCUGCGCCACUUUCGAUGGGAUAGCGUUUCGUUUCUCGUCCAGAACGAAGACGAUUAUUCGCUGGUGAUCAACGAUUUGAGUGCCCUGCUGGAGGAUGCCAAUACGUCCGUGUCCAACAGCUUGACCUUCGCGCCCGACGAGCUGACAGAUACGCUCGAAAUCCUCCAAGCUCGCGAUGCUCGCAUUAUCAUCGGCAGUUUCGCCCCCUCCAUGGCGCUACCCAUCUUCUGCGAGGUUCACCGUCGCAAUCUUUACGGCGCCGAUCACGUCUGGAUACUUCCGGGAUCUGUUUUCGGAUCGGAUCGAUGGCUGGAGCAGUUGCAACAGCAGCACAGCACCGAGUCGGCCAACGGCACCUCUUGCAACAGUCGAUUCACCAAGAAGGACUUGAUGGCCGUCAUCGAAGGCAAUUUCUUCGUGCGGCCCUACCGCCAUCCAGUCAACAUCACCGACGGCUUCUUUCCAUCCUUUCAAAUUCCGACCAUCGUAGGCGACGAAUUUCACGGUGAGAUUUACGACGCUAUUUGGACGAUGGCACUAGCCUUGCGAGAGCUCCAGUCCGACUAUCUCCGCCAGCCGGCCAAAGAGCGGCCGUCCUUGGCCAACUUCAAUUACGCUCGCAAGGAUAUGGCCGAGCAGCUGAUGGCCAAGAUAUCAUCCCUGCGCUUUCAAGGGGCUUCCGGCUUAGUGUCCUUUUCGGGAGCCGAUCGUAUUGGGACAACAUCUUUAUUCCAAAUCCAAAAGGGCGUGGCUAGGCAAAUCGGACUCUUUCAUCCGGAUUUGGGAUUGGAAUUGAACGGGAGCUGGCCUGUCCUCUGGCCGCUGGGUCAACCACCAGUGGCCACGCGCAUCAUCAAAUACCGCAUAGACACCAUAGCUCCAACUGCUUUUUACACGAUGACUCUGCUGGCCAGCCUUGGAAUCGUCUUUGCGCUCAUCUGCCUCUCAUUCAACUUGGUCAAAAGGAAACUCAAGUACAUCAAACUCUCCAGCCCAAAGUUGAACAACAUGGCAAUCGUCGGCUCGUGCCUCAUAUACGGCGCCGUGAUCCUGUUGGGUGUUGAUCACGCCACGCUCGUACACGACUCGGGAUUUCCAUUCGUCUGCAUGGGUCGAGCCUAUUUCCUAUCGGCGGGGUUCUCGCUGGCAUUCGGCGCCAUGUUCACCAAGACCUUCCGCGUCCACCGCAUCUUCAGCAUGCGCAACAGCCUGCUCAAAAACAAGCUUCUGGCCGACAAGCAGUUGAUCGGUCUCAUCCUGGUGCUACUCUUAAUGGACACACUAGUCAUAGGAUUGUGGGUGGCCUUGGAUCCGUUCGAAAGACAUCUCUACAAUCUCGUUAGGGUUGUCAGCUCACUGGAUCGCAGCGUCGUCUAUCAACCGCAGGUAGAAGUGUGUCGCUCCAACAGGUCGUCCAUGUGGCUGGGAAUCCUCUACGUCAAAAAGGGAUUGCUGCUAGUCGCUGGUGUUUACAUGGCUUGGGAAACAAGGUAUACUGAUGACAAUUUGGAAACAUUUUUUUGGCUUUUUAUGGGAAACGUAAUAAACUUUUGGGUCGAAUUUAGAAAAGUCGCCAUUCCGGCGCUGAACGAUUCGCCCUAUAUUGGCAUGAACGUGUACAACGUCGUGUUGACUAGUCUCAUCGUCGUGUUUUGCGACUCGCUGCUAUCCGACCGGACGACGAUCAAUUAUUUGGUGGUCGCCACACUUAUUUUGACAUCGACUACGACCGCCCUCUGCCUUCUAUUUCUACCUAAAUUUCACGCCGUUUGGCGACAAACGCGCGACGGUGUUCCAAUAGAUCCAAUUUGCCACGGCACGGGAUUGAAGCUAGAAUUUAAUACGAGGAGGAUGGUUGUUGACGACCGAAAGGAGUUGUUGACUAGAGCUGAGAUCAUGAAUCGAGUUUACUUACGAGACAUAGCCAAAUUAGAUGCGGAGAUUCAGAGGCUCGAUCGAAUUCUGGCCAAAGAAUUCAAUUCCAGUGUGUCGACUCUGGAUGACUACAGCUCAGCGAUUCAGGCGGAAGUGACUCAGUUGUACGCCAUGUUGGAGCAGGAUCAGGAUCCGGCUGGCGCCGUCCGGAUACCGUCCGGAACGACUUGGGAUCUGCCGCGAUACUUCAACAAACUCAUCUCGAGGAGCUGCGUUUCUCUGGGUGAUUCACGUCAGGUGAACGCAACUUUAACGACGAACAGAGGGCGUCGCAAAUGUUCGACGGCCGUCGGAUGGGGCUCGGCCUCGUGUUUGAACUGCGGCAGGAGCGACGUCGUCCAGCAAAUCAACGCCAAAAGCUGUCACGCCGGUUUGAAAAACCACCAAAGCUCGUUGGUGACUUUGCUGAACUUGGCCGUGGACAGCUGCGGUUACGAGACCAUCUACCAACUUGUGGACAGGAGUCUACUGCUUACGGAAGAUGACGUCAACCAUGGGGCAACUACUGUCAGUCUCGCUCAAAAGUAUGUAGAUGAACCCGCCUACUUGGGCAGUGAAGAAUCGGACGAAGAAUCGCCCAGUCGAGAAGUUAUCGUUUCGUUCCAGUGGUGAACUUAAUUUGUUAAUCAUAAUCAGCAGCCGCAACAUUUUGAACAGUUAUAAAUAUUUUGGCUGUAAACCGUCCGGAAUUGAGAUGAACAAAUAUUGAAAUUAUGUGAAAUAAUAAAAACAAAGUAAUAUAUGUCAUAAUUUUGGAGCUACACAAAGUAAGUACGGUAAGAAAAUAAGAAAUCUGUUUUCAGAUCAAAUGGGUUAGAGUGUUUUCAUUUUGAAAACCAACAGAUCAAUCGACCAAUAAAAAUAUUGCUGCACGACGCGUUUCG